AUGCCGAAUUCGAAUUCUGAUCUGAAUGAAUUGAUCAAAUUCAACGUGCCCAUGCAGUCAGUGGGAGAGCUUGUCAGGCUGACCAGUGCUUGUACCAAUUGCCGCGGUCGAAAAGUGAAAUGCAGCGGAGGUUCGCCAUGCGCGACUUGUCAAAGGCAACAGAAGCAGUGUUUAUAUCCAGCGUCACGAAGAGGGAAACGAUCCAAACCUACUCAGCGCAGCCUUGCUCAAGAAGGAGGGGGUCAGUAUACGGCUUUCGACACCACCAACAGCAAUGCCCAGGUUUAUGGAGCGAGAUCUGCUCUCCCCCUCACACCCUCUCAUACUUCGCCCGACACGAACGAGGGACGGAAUGGAGAACUUCUUUCCGGCUUGACAUAUCCCUCACAAGGGUCGACGCUCGGAUCGAAUUCAGGGUCCGGAACCAGAGAUAUUCGCCCGACAAGCCAGUUCCUCACAUCAAAUAUUUCGCCUGAUCUUUUAUCCCCGAUCCAGGCUCACUAUCCUCUGGCAGAGCCCGGUCCAUCUGGCGCCAGGGAGAGGGAGGAUUUGGUUGCCGAUGGGGAAGAAGGUGUGAUUCCUCUCCCAAAGGUACAUUGGGAACACCACGGACCGUGGUCGUGGGUGUCAGUCUGCUCACGACCAGGUCUCCGAUGGGUUUGUGAAAGAACUCGCUCCGAUGAAUUCGUUGAAAUCGCCAACGGACUCACCAAAACCUGGAGCCGACGGUUGAAGAUGAAACGAUUUCAGCCUCUAAGAAAAAAAGCUGCGGAACCAGACAAAGAAACAGCCUGGAAAUAUGUCGACGCAUACUUCGAACAAUCCUACGACGCGGUGUUUGGCAUUCUCCAUCGUCCAACAUUCGAAGCACGCCUCCGGGCUCACUUUGAUCCUCAUGGGGCCCUCCCUGUUGAAGAUUCUUCAUGGUUUGCACUGCGGAAUAUUGUCUAUGCCGCGGGAUGUCGCUGUGUGUUGGCCAACGAUCCCACCGUAUCAUUUGUCGAUGCAGAUGCUCAAGUCACGCAGUUCUUCCACAAUGCUCUUUCAGUAUUCAGUGAGAUCAUCUUUGGCCAUUCGGGUUUCACCGCUGUCCAAGCUCUCGCUCUUAUGACAUUUUUUGCCGAGGGACUGGGAAGUCCCGCUGUAGAAUACCCCCUAUGUACCAAUGCCGUCCAACUUGCCCAAGCCAAAGGGCUUCAUCGAGAACCAUCCAAAUCUUGGGGUCUACCCCAAUCCGAUGUAUUGAAUCGAAGCUGGCUCUGGUGGGCAAUUUAUUGUCUGGAGAAACAGAUUGCCUUCCGGAGCGGUCGUCCUUCAGUCAUCGACGACGACAAUAUCAGCACUCCUAUCCCAACCAAGGCACCCCCCGGAAGUACUAUUGACGUUGAGGUUUUCACUCUGAUCAUCAAACAUGCGCAAAUAUCCGCCCAAAUUUCCCGUCGAAUCAUGUCCGUCGAGGCUUUCAAACAGUCCUCCGCCGAAGCCAUGGAUACUAUCCACGACAUCCAUCGCCAACUGCUGGAUCUGUUAGAAUCCAUCCCUCCACAGCUCCAAGUGAAGAAUGCGGUCAGACACGAAUACCCCGCAAAUUCUCGGCGGGUCCACACGAUAUACCUCCACUUUGCCAUCUAUGGAAGUCUGAUGGCGACGCACAUCAUCUUUUUCUACCCCUGGAUCUCUCUCCGUUUCGGCACCGAAUCCGAUCCAAAAUUCCAAAAUCAAGUCGUCAGUUCAUCAGAGACCAUUGCCACCGCAGCACGGCAGAUCAUCUUGGUACUCCGAUCUAUCACAACCGACGUGGCCAUCCCGGCCUGGCUUGCCUUUUACUAUCCCAUGUACGCGCAUAUCAAUCUUUUCGUGUACAUUUUGAGAUACCCUUCAUUAUCGACGGCGCGCGCAGAUUUGGCGUUGCUAGACAUCUGUGCCGGACAUUUCGGUCACGUUGAACAUGUGACGAAUUCGGAGAUUUCAUUCCAUUUCCCCCGCGAAUCAGCUGUGCUUUGCUCUAGGAUGGUGAAAGCGGUUAAAGGGACGGAGAAAGAAAAUGCCACGGCCCCAGUCACGCCACAGGAGCCUGGAUCCAUCAUUGAAAUUGGCCGAGCGCCCAAUCGACAGGACGAAUCGAGCGGCUCGCUAUCAACCACGUUUGAUAUGGUAUGA